UUUUUUUCCUUAUUUGUUUCUUCUUAAAUUAUUUAUUAUUAAAUUGAACCUGAAUUCCCCAUUUUGCCCCCACCACCUCCAUUGGGGUCUCUGUUUCAUUCGUUCAAAUCUCUCUCUCUCUCUCUCUCUCUCUGGUUAAUACAAAACAUUGAGUGUUUUGUUCAUUCCUUACCUAUAAAUACAUAUUCACAUCUCUGUCUCUCUGCAACCGACAAUCUCUCUGUUUCUCUUCACCCAUGCCUCAUUCUUAAGGAUUUUUGGUACCAGAAAGAAUUAAUGAUGCCGGGAAUUGUUACAAAUGGAGUUCGUGAUGAUGGAGGAGCUAAUGAAAUGAAUGGGAUCCAUUCCCCCACUAAGGAAGCCUUAACUCCAAUCAAGUCCCCGAGGACUUCCCUGAGUCCACAAAGACGCCAGAGUGUUGGUCCGAAUUUCGCGGUUGAUGGGGUGGUUGAGCCCUCAAUUGAGCAACUUUAUGAAAAUGUAUGUGAUAUGCAGAGUUCUGAUCAGUCACCCUCAAGGAAAAGUUUUGGAUCUGAUGGUGAUGAGUCUAGAAUUGAUUCGGAAUUGCACCAUCUAGUUGGAGGACGGAUGAGGGAGGUGGAGAUAAUGGAAGAGGAAGUGGAGGUGGAAAAAGGGCCUGGAGUGUGUUCCAGUAGUGAAACAUCUUCUGGAACGGGUAGUUUAUCCAAUGAUAAGAAGUUGGAUAAGGUGGAUGAGAUUGGAACUGCAACUUCAACUUCUGUUUCCUCAGAAAAACCUGUCAAAGCAUCGAACUCAGAGUUGGUUCCUGUUACUUCACCUAAAUCAAGACCCAAGGGAAAAAGUCCUCCUGCAAAACCUCCUAUUGAGAGAAAGAAUGAUAAGCCUUUGACAAAACAAAUUACAGGAGUUACUGGUGCAAAGAAAUCAAAGAAUUCUCCCUUGAGAAAGUCAGUUUCACAAAAUCGAGUUGAGAAUACGGCUGAAUCAGCACUAGAUAGACCAGAGCGGGCACCAAUAUUGCUAAAGCAAGCAAGAGAUCUGAUUUCGUCAGGAGAUAAUCCACAUAAAGCUCUUGAGUCAGCUCUUGAAGCCAUGAAACUGUUUGAGAAGUAUGGAAAUGGGAAACCGAGUUUGGAGCUGGUUAUGUGUUUACAUGUUACGGCAGCAAUAUAUUGCAGCUUGGGUCAAUACCACGAGGCAAUUCCAAUUCUUGAGCGCUCAAUUGAGAUUCCUGUUAUCGGGGAAAGUCAACAGCAUGCCCUUGCUAAAUUUGCCGGUCACAUGCAACUGGGAGACACCUAUGCUAUGCUGGGCCAGCUUGAGAAUUCAAUUAUGUGCUACAACGCUGGGUUUGAAGUCCAGAGGCAGGUUUUGGGAGAAACAGACCCAAGAGUUGGUGAAACUUGUCGGUACGUGGCUGAAGCUAAUGUUCAAGCUUUGCUAUUUGAUGAUGCAGAGAGGCUUUGUCACAUGGCUCUUGACAUUCAUAAAGCAAAUAGUUCAGCCCCAUCUAUUGAAGAGGCAGCUGAUAGGAGGCUCAUGGGCCUUAUAUGUGAAACAAAGGGAAAUCAUGAAGCAGCUCUUGAGCAUCUUGUUUUAGCCAGCAUGGCAAUGGUAGCAAAUGGCCAGGAAGCUGAAGUGGCAUCUGUUGACUGCAGCAUUGGAGACACAUACUUAUCCUUGUCUCGAUAUGAUGAGGCUGUCUUCGCAUAUCAGAAAGCUCUAACAGUUUUCAAGACCAGCAAAGGAGAGAAUCAUCCAGCAGUGGGAUCAGUAUUUGUACGUUUGGCUGACGUGUAUAACAAGAUAGGGAAGUUGAGGGAAUCAAAAUCAUAUUGCGAGAGUGCACAUAGAAUAUAUGAGAAUCCAAUGCCUGGAGUUCCUCCAGAGGAGAUUGCUAGUGGUUUUACGAAUAUUUCAGCUAUCUAUGAGUCAAUGAAUGAGCUUGAACAGGCACUCAAGUUACUGCAGAGAGCACUAGAGAUAUAUAAUGAUGCCCCUGGUCAACAAAGCACAAUUGCAGGAAUUGAAGCUCAGAUGGGGGUCGUGUACUACAUGUUGGGGAACUAUAGUGAAUCAUACAACACUUUGAAGAAUGCUACCUCAAAGCUUCGUGCUAUUGGAGAGAAGAAAUCAUCCUUUUUUGGAAUUGCUCUUAAUCAAAUGGGACUUGCCUGUGUGCAGCGUUUUGCCUUAAGUGAGGCUACAGAAUUAUUUGAAGAAGCAAGGAGUAUUUUGGAACAGGAGUACGGACCGUAUCACCCUGAAACGCUUGGGGUGUAUAGUAAUCUUGCUGGCACAUACGAUGCAAUUGGCAGGCUGGAUGAUGCAAUUCAAAUUCUGGAGUACGUUGUUGAUACGAGGGAGCAGAAGCUUGGGACAGCAAAUCCUGACGUGGAUGAUGAGAAGAGAAGGUUAGGUGAGUUGUUGAAGGAAGCAGGUAGAGUUCGUAGCAGAAAAGCCACUUCACUUGAGAACCUUCUUGGUGGCAAUGGUCGCACUGUAAACAACCUUGUCAUGGAGGCCUGAUAAGGAUGUCUGUCUAUGACUCCUGAAAAGCAACUCGAUGCUUCUAUGCUUUUACAAGAACUCAGAGGAGCAAGCUAAAAAGUAGAAGCGAUGAAGAUGUUCUCACACCGUUAAUUUAUAAAAUUGAAUGUUUCUAGUGUGUUAAAAUUAAUGGGGUUAAAUUAUUGAUUGAAGAGUGUAAUAAUUUAUGCUAAAAUAUUAUUAAAAGUUGUAUUAUUUGUAUCAUAUGAUGUAAGUAAUUAUGAUAUACAGAUACGUCCCUUUUUGUGUACUGCCCAUAUGGUUGCAAUGGUUG